UUUUUUGACUCAUACCGACCACCCCACUGCCGGUACCGCGCUUCCCAGGACCGUGAUCAAGACCCUGGGACUGGGUCCUCAGAUCCACGCUAGAAACAUACAAACAAUGGCUGACCAUUCACCAUCAUCUUCCGGCGAGGGUGCAGAUCCUGUGGUAGAUGAUGUACCUUUCAAUGUGGCAGUCCUGGGGCCUCAUAACCAGGAGGCACUCUCAGCAGCUGCCGAGGAGUUGUUCCUGAACAAUGAGGCCUCUUCGCCUCCAGCUGAGCCAGCCUCAGGCAACUCAGUCAUCAUGAAUGCGAGAGCCUACCAGUCCGAGAUGCUUGCCGAGAGUAUGCGGCAGAACAUCAUUGUUGCUGUAAGUCUCGUCGAGCCUGUGGACCAAGUUGCAAGAGACUAUGGGUUGAUUAACACUUGGUAGAUGGACACUGGUAGUGGCAAAACACAAGUGUACGUGGCCUGCCUACGAGCACGCGUAGCUUCGUGAUAUUGACAAAGGCUUCUAUAGAGCUGUUUUACGAAUUAGGGCUGAAAUAGAGAGAACGUCCUCCGAGAAGAUUGUCUGGUUUCUAGCUCCCACGGUAUCGC